AUGCUUCUCUCUAGACUUAGCGCGGCUGCCGCGGCCCUGUUGAUCGGCCCAGUAGCAGCCCUGCUACGUGCCAUCGAGUCCGACGGCCAGUACAUUCUCGAGAACGAUGAUCUGUUCGUGGCCGUCAAUAAAACAAACGGCCAGAUAGGCGAUCUUGCACUCGGCGGCCAGGACCUCGUUGGUAGCGGCAGAGGUCCGUACCUCGACUGCUACUGCACUCCAGAAGGGUUCUGGGACCCCGGGUCCUCAUCCCUUGCCAAAUUCCAACUUAUCAAGGACGUCGAUUCCUCGGGAACUCCAUAUGGCGGUAUCGUAAUGACCGAUACCUACGCAACGACCAACCAGACUUUGUCGCAGUACUGGUUCUUGAGAGAGGGGGAGACGGGUCUGCAUCUCUUUACCCGCGCCACCUACACCAGCGAGACAGCCAGUGGACAUAUCGGAGAGCUACGCACCUUGUUUCGGCCCCAACAGAAUCUAUGGACUCAUAUUUAUGGUAGUGAAGGAAAUUGGGCACCGGCGCCCCAGACUACCGGAACUGAGGUUCAGGAUGCCCUGACUUACUACGGUAAUGUCACUGAGGAGCGUUUUACUGACUACUCGGACUUCUUUACGAAGUAUAGCUUCUCUGACCAGUGGCGGAGCCAUAAGGUCCACGGCAUGUACUCUGAUGGUACGCCGAAUGAAAAUGGCGAAAGCUAUGGCUCGUGGGUUGUUCAUAACAAUGUCGAUACCUACUACGGUGGACCUCUUCAUUCAGACAUCAUGGCUGACGGUAUUGCGUAUGACUACAUCGUGAGCAGCCACCAUGGUGCGCGCACGCCCAAUUUGACAGCCGGCUUCGAUCGGACGUAUGGGCCUUCAUACCGCCACUUCAACCAGGGUGGCAGUUUGGAAGAACUGGCCGCCGAUGCUGCCCAGUACGCCGAUCCGCUGUGGAAUGUCGAUUUCUACGACGACCUUGCAAAGUAUGUACCGGGCUACACGACGAGCGACAAGCGGACCACGUUUAAAGCGAAGAUAAAGCUUCCCAAUGGUGCCGAGAGACCGAUUGCCGUGCUUGCAGAGAACAGGCAAGAUUUCCAAAACAACACCAUCGACCCUGACAGCCUACAGUUCUGGGGCGAGAUCGAUCCUAUUUCGGGCGAAGUUGAAAUCCCCCGUGUCGCAGAGGGCAUUUAUCGACUUACCGUCUACGCGGAUGGAAUAUUCGGACAAUUCAUACAGGACAACAUCAGGAUUUCAAAGGAGCUUUCUGCAUCCAAGACCUUUAACUUCACCUGGAAGCAAGAGAGCGCCGGGACAGAGAUAUGGCGCAUCGGCAUCCCCGAUAAGACCUCCGGCGAAUUCAAGCACGGCCGCAAACUCAGCAACGCCUCUGAGCUGCAACCAGAGGAGUACCGGCUCUACUGGGCGCAGCACGACUUCGAAUCCGACUUCCCUAACGGUGUCGACUUCAAGAUCGGUGAGAGCAACUACGCUGAAGACUUCAACUACAUCCACUGGAGCCGGAUCUCCGAAGUGGGUAACUUCUUCCGGGACGAGCCGUAUCUGGAUAAUGUCAAUAACUGGACGAUCCGGUUUGAUCUCGAUAGAGCUCAGCUCCGCAGAACCAAGACUGCCACGUUUACGGUGCAAGUGGCAGGUCUGAAAACAGGGACCAAUAACCCGGAGUUGGUGAAUCUGCCAUAUACGCUGAAUGUAAAUGGAGCCGACGUGGAGACGUAUAUUCUGCCAUGGUACUAUAGUACAUCUUGUGGCGUGCGGAGCGUUGUGAGCUGCUAUAACUUUGUGAAGAAGUUUGUCUUCCCUACUGAGGCUUUGAAAACGGGCGAGAACUCGUUUGUCUUGAGUCUUCCGUUUAAUGCCUCGAGUAUUGAGCCGGCAAAUUUGCCUUGGACGACGUAUAUCCAGUACGACGCCCUGAGGCUGGAGAUUAAAUAG